AUGGCCACAAAAGCCCCCAGCUCUAAGAAAUACCUCCAGCUGCUCCUUUUUCAGGUCGCUCUUCUAGGGCCUGUCUUCUGCGGGAACGUGUUGGUCUGGCCAACAGAAGGCAGCCACUGGCUGAACGUGAAGAUAGUUAUACAGGAGCUCAUCCGCCGCGGGCACAGCGUUACCAUCCUGGUAUCCAACGCUUCUCUCUUCAUUAAACCCAGGGCUGAGGCCGCAGAGAAGUUCGAGGUCUAUAAUGUGCCCUUCAAGAAAGACGCCAUUGUGAAUCUGAUCGAGGAUGUAGUGGCACUGUGGCUGAAUAACAGGCCAACCACCUUGACCUUCUGGCAGUUUUACAAGGAGCUGGGAAAACUGUCCAAAAACUGGCACCAUAUGAACAGGCUAAUGUGCGAUGCUGUGCUAACCAACCGAGAGCUGAUGGCCCACCUGCAGGGGUCUAGCUAUGACAUGCUGCUGUCAGACCCGGUGACCCUCUGCGGGGACCUCCUGGCUCUCAAGCUGGCCAUCCCCUUCAUUUACUCGCUGCGCUUCUCCCCAGCCUCCACCGUGGAGAGGCACUGCGGCAAGAUCCCAGCCCCGCCGUCCUACACGCCCGCAGCCCUGUCCGAGCUCACUGACUGCAUGUCCUUCGGCGAGAGAAUAAAAAACAUCGUGUCUUACCACCUGCAAGACUAUGUUUUCCAGAGCUACUGGGGAGAAUGGGAUAUCUACUAUAGCAAGGUCUUAGAUGGUGAUCACUGGAUCAAUGUGAAAGUGCUGCUGGAAGAGCUUGUUCUCCGGGGUCAUGAAGUGACUGUGCUGGUGCCCUCAAGCAAUCUGCUCAUCAACUACCGAGACACCUCCUCCCCCUUCACCUUUGAGGUCCUGCAAGUCCCCUUUACUCAGAAGGCCCUGCAUGCUAUCAUGGAGAAGCUCUUCAAUUUCUUGAUGAAUGAGGUCCCUAAUCUCUUCCCCUGGGAGAUCAUGUGGAGGAUGAAAGAGGAAGUGGAGGUCUUUACCAAUAUGUCAAAGCAGACCUGUGACGCCUUGGUGAUGAACCCUCAGCUGAUAGCAAAGCUGCAGCAGGCCAAGUUUGAUGUUCUGAUCGCUGACCCCCUGUCUGUAGGUGGGGAGCUUGUAGCAGAAAUCCUAGCAAUCCCUUUUGUCUACAGCUUCCGCUUCUCUCAUGGGAAUGUGGUAGAACGGCUGUGCGGUGGACUCCCGUCCCCACCUUCUUAUGUGCCUGCUAGCACAAGGGGGCUGACAGACCAGAUGUCCUUUGUGGAAAGACUACAGAACUUCUUCUUUUACUUUUCCAUGGAUUUUUUUUUCUUGAAGAUUUGGCGAGACGAAUGGGAUGGGUACUACAGUAAUGUUUUAG